AGACUGUUUUGGUAGUUUCGCAUUGAUUACAUUUUCAUUGUUGAGUGCGGACUCCACGAGAAACAGAGAAAAACCCGUUUUGUUUCGCCUCUACUGCUCAUUCUUAUAACAAGCGCCUGCCAUUUACACUUUUAAGAGAGAGAGAGAGAGAUUGUGAUCUGUUGUUGUUAGAGAGAGGAAGAGAGAUUGUGAUCGAUCUGUUGUUAUCUGUAUAGAGCUAUGGCGUGUUCGAGUUUGGUGAAGCUGAACGCAUCGGCUUCACAGUGGAUCUCUCAACAAUCCUUCAACCAACGGCCUGGAUCUUCCUGUCGCUUCCCCACCCGCCGCGUCUCCGUCGUCCGAGCCGGAUCUUACACCGAUGAACUUGUCAAAACCGCCAAAACUAUUGCGUCUCCUGGUCGUGGUAUCCUUGCCAUUGAUGAAUCAAAUGCUACCUGUGGGAAGAGGUUGGAUUCUAUUGGCCUAGACAAUACGGAAGCCAACCGACAGGCUUAUAGACAACUUUUGCUGACCACACCUGGCCUAGGUGAAUAUAUUUCCGGUGCCAUUCUCUUUGAGGAGACUCUGUACCAGUCAACAACAGAUGGGAAGAAGUUUGUGGAAUGCUUGCGUGAGCAGAAUAUUGUACCAGGCAUCAAAGUUGACAAGGGUUUGGUUCCUCUACCUGGAUCCCAUAACGAAUCUUGGUGCCAGGGAUUAGAUGGAUUGGCUUCUAGAUCUGCUGAAUACUAUACGCAAGGUGCUCGUUUCGCAAAAUGGCGCACAGUUGUCAGCAUUCCUUGUGGUCCUUCUGCUCUGGCAGUUAAAGAAGCUGCUUGGGGGCUUGCACGUUAUGCUGCUAUUUCUCAGGACAACGGACUUGUGCCUAUAGUGGAACCUGAGAUUCUUCUGGAUGGAGACCACCCUAUUGAGAGGACACUCGAGGUGGCAGAGCAGGUCUGGGCAGAAGUCUUCUACUACUUGGCAGAAAACAAUGUUAUGUUUGAAGGAAUCCUACUUAAGCCCAGUAUGGUAACUCCAGGGGCUGAGCACAAGGAGAAGGCUUCUCCAGAGACCAUUGCCAAAUAUACUCUCACUAUGCUCAAUAGGAGAGUACCUCCCGCAGUUCCAGGAAUCAUGUUCUUGUCCGGAGGGCAAUCUGAAAUGGAAGCAACACUGAACCUGAAUGCAAUGAAUCAAAGCCCCAACCCAUGGCAUGUUUCCUUCUCUUACGCACGUGCACUACAGAACUCUGUUCUUAAGACAUGGCAGGGACACUCUGAGAAUGCAGAAGCUGGACAGAAGGCCCUUUUGAUGCGUGCAAAGGCCAACUCCAUGGCACAGCUUGGAAGGUACUCUGCCGAGGGUGAGAGUGAUGAAUCGAAGAAAGGAAUGUUCGUGAAGGGCUAUACCUACUAAGCCAGAGUUCAAUGUAAUUCACAUUUCUUGUCCCGUACACGAUGUGUACUUUCUACUUUUGCAAUUUUUUUUUUUUCCCGCUACCGGAGGCUCUGGGGAAGUCGGAAUAGGAGAGCACUCAUCUUGGGGUGGGCUUACUACUUAGAUGCUUUCAGCAGUUAUCUUUUGGCUACAUCUCUUGUUAGAAUGCAUUAAUAAUGGCUUUUGGUGAAAAGGAAAAUAGAUGGGGUUAGUGAAUGAGGAUGUAUGUACCAUCUUUAAGUUAUAUACAUUAAAUACUGUCUUGAA